AGUUGUUGCUAUUUUUACAUAGGUUCCCACCUUGUCUGUAUAUGUAGCAGGCACAACGUCCUCUGAUCUCAUCUACUCCUCUGUGCCACGUCCCACCACAGAAAAACAGCAGAUGCAACUUAUCACUUAACAACACACCACCAGCAAACACUAAACGUCAAGAAGGUCUCCAUUUUCACUAUUCUUUUCCACAGGUGAAGAGGCCUCAUGGGAAUCUGGAGGUGUUCAGCUGGUAUCUGCUCAGAGACCUUUACACUGGAAAGAUCCUGACAAUGUAGAAAUGUGAAGCUAGAAUUGCCAAUUGCUGAUAUUCGGAAUAGUAGGUUUUAGACUGCCUCUCAAGGAGGCUUAUCAUUUCAAAUGCAGUCAUGCUCUAACACAAUUAAUACUGCUCCCAGACCACAGCUGAUUCUUCUCCAGCCGCCUCAGUGCCUGGCCAUUACCACAGAGGUAAUGCAGGGCCACGCACCACAUAGGCCCACCCAGGCAUGAACGGUGAGCUUUAGCAGGUAUCAGUACCUUGCUGUAGCUCCUCAUAGACAGCACUGAAUCAAAGUUUGUUCCUGCAAAGAAGAGCUGACAGGUACAGAUGGUAACACAGAACAAGCUGGCAAAGCCAACAAGCAGUAAUGAACAAAGUUCGUGAGGUAAGGCCCCACCCUCAAACAGUGUAACAACAGCUCCACAUCGCUUCUGGCUGCUCUGAACAGCUAAGAGGCCACUGCACCUGACUACUAACCACCUCCCUUCUCCCCCUCCUAACUCCCAACGUACCACUUCUUGUGUGUUUAGCAGGGAUGAAAACAGGGCAGGUCCCUCCAAAGUCUCUAGACGGCCAUGGGCUCAAAGAGCUCUGCCCCUCCGUCUGCAGGGUAGGAGGCUCAAACUGCAGGUGCAUGAGGUACAAAUCUCCUCAGUACUGCCCCAGGGCUGACCGAGGCCAACUAAACGCCCCAGAGCCAUCUUUGGCCCCUCUUCAGCCCUCAGGGUUUUCUCUGAACUCUGCCUCCGUGCUCCCUCCACACCCCCGCCGGGCCGUGAGGGGCCUCCGUGCUGUCCCGGCGCCAUCUUCAGGCUGCGCCGUGCUUCUGCGCCAGCGCCGUUCGUUACGCCUCAGCUCUUCACACGUUUUCUCACUUUCCUGCACACGGUACCUUAAAAUGUCUCAGCUUAAAGGUGCUUCUUGACGUCUCCCUCUGGACUGCCCGCUGCCUUUUUUUUUUUUGCCCUCACCGUGUCUCCGAGCUGCCCUGCUGCCAUGUCUGUGCUGGCUGCUGCCUCAGGAGUAUGUUGUCCCUCUGAGCUGCCUCAGAGCUGCCUCUGUUUCUUUUUUGUCCUCUCCCUUAAAGCUUCUUUUGGACCAUUGGUCAUAGUUUGGCUAAAAGCCUCAUAGGAGCAUGGCUUCAGCGUAGCUCUGAGUCAGUCCCCUCACCUAGGCGUAUGGUUUGGCUGGAGCCUGGCACACCCACCGUUAGCCCCCACAAAAGCCUUGACAUCAGCCCAGCACACCAGAAGAGCUGAGCGAGCAAUGUCUCGGCAGCCCGGGCCUUGGUACUGGGCCAGCAACCAAAGCUUCCGAUCCUAGUUCUUUACAACAAACUAGAUAGCUUAAGAUGCCAACAGCUGGUCUGCUGGGAUGUGCUGGGCACUUCCAUCCUACAUGAGCACGGCGGACAACAGCGCCGGGACGCGUGUCACCAGCCGUCAGAGGUGUCCGGUCCUCAGCAGCACAGUCUGUUGGAAUUGGAUCGGGUCUGGCCGCUAAGCAAAGGCUACCGUGGCUGACUGGAGCUCUCACUGUUUCAAAUAAUAACCUCAGGAUAGGAGGGCUCUUGAAGCAGUGUUUAAUAUUAGCUAUUUGUUAUCAGCUAACUGGUGCACCGUGCUGACCAAACGGGUAAAUCUGUCAGAAAUGUAGUAUCUAGAGGAUACAGAAAAUAUAACGCAAGCACAUAAUAUACCAUUUCUUCAAGGACUGUACAUCAAUUUCCCCUUUUUGUUGAAAAAUUACUUGCCAAAAUUCAAAACCAUGUUCCUGAAUUAGUUCAGGUUGGAUAGCUGCAAUGCAUUUUCCUGAAGCCCUCCUGAAUCUUCUGCUUACCUAGAGUAUGGCAGUUCAAGUUUAUCACAGCUGUGCUCUGUGAGCGGUGAUGACUCUCCACUGUCUCCUGGCUGAAAUUAGAGAGGUUUCAAAAUGGGAAUAUACAUUUUCUACCCUCCCCCAAUCUUUCAAUAAAAUAUAAAUUGUUUCUCAUUCUCUUUUUCUUUUCUUUUUCUCUUUCUUGGUCACUGUAAAAAGAGGGAAGGGAAGGGAAAAUGAAUAUUAGCAGAAGAAAAUCAAAAUCCAGAUCCAACACAUUUUGGAUUUAAGUUUUUCUUAUUACAAAUGUAAUCAUUAAAGAACUCACUUGAAGUGCUGUUUCCAUUUUCAUAAUAUUGAAAGCUUUCAAUAUUAAAAAAAAAAGGUGAAAGAAAACUUCCAACAGCUCUAAUUUUAAUCUAUACAGGUUUGUACAGCAUAAGAACUGAAAAACUUAGGGACAAAAAGCUAACAUUGUUUUUUUUGGCAUGGGAAAUAUAAAGGAAUCUAAGGGUGAUAUUAUUCAUUAUUUGUAUUAGUAAGGGGCCUAGAAAGCCUACUGAGGGACAAGGUUCCCUUUGUAUCAAAAGUACAAGAACAGAACAGAAAAGACAGUCUUAGACCAUACCUAUGCAACCCAGUCAUGCCUGUCGCAGACAGCCAUGAAGUAGCACUGACCCAGACUUGUACAUCUAUAAAAGGCAGUGGAGGUUUGUCUAGAAAUGCUUACCAAAGUCCUGAAAGCAUUAAAUAUUUCAUUAGCAUAGUCCUGUGCUUGAGCUAAUAAACCUUGCCUCUCAGUGUUUGGGAGCCCAAUAUCACCUUUACGUUAAUUCUAAUUCAUACAUAUAAUUUAAAAUUUGGCCAUAUUAGAGGGCUCUACUAAAACCGAAGUAGUUUAUUUCCAAAUGUCACCUUUACCCUGCUGGCAUUUCUGUCAGUGAAAAAACUGCUCUUGCUGCCACCUUCGGAUCAGCCUCCUGCUACUGCGGUUUAUCAGUGACAAAAUGGUCUAUAUGGGCCUGAUGAGGGAAUGGUGACAUCAGCCGCAGAGGAAAACCAGGGAGUAUAGGGGCAAAAUCUGUAAAGCAAAAAAUAAAUAGCAAAACACUUAAUGUCACUCUUGUGGAAGGUUUUUAGCAUGAUAUGCAUGAUGCAGUCCAUGCAUGCAGACUAGUCUGGGACAGAUAAAAGAAAAUACCUCUUCUCAGAGCUUGUGGGAAGUUCAUGCCCACAGGAAGUCAGAAAAUGAAAUACUUGUGGACAGAUUUUAAAGGGUCAUAAAGUUUUAUGAGUUAUAAAAGCUAGAGCUAGGCCUGAGCUAUUGAGUUCAGCUCAAAACUGAAAUCAAAAUAGGAAUUUGGCUUGGGUUAUUUUGGAAAUUGGAGGUGAUGGUAGAGUUACAGUUUGGAUCUAGGUAUUCAGAGUUCAGUGAACAGACUUGCAUUAAACAACAUGUUUAAUAAAAAUUUAAGCUAUAUGUAUAAAGAAAUUAGUAAGUAAAUAGUCAUUAUCCAAAACCUGAAGAAUCCACACCAAAGAAGGAAAGAUUCUUACCUUCUAACACCAUCUAUAAAGAAUAACCAAGGUAGCAGUGAGCGAUACGUGUCAAAUUGAAUUCAGAACAAGAGAAAUAGGUCACUGAACAGAUCCAGUGUGGAAAAAUACUUUUUUCCCACUGUUCUGGCUUUUUAACUUGUGCAUGUUGGGAAAAGUAUUUAUUUUACCUUGACAUUGUGAAGCUAGUUUGUUUCUCCAUGUUAGUGAUAAAGUGUAUGUGGAAUAAUAUGUAUCUGAACUUCAGGAAUAAAUGGAGCUGUGGAGUGUUGCCAUAUCUUGGCUUUUACUGGAUAAAACUAAUCACAAUGCUGUAUAUAUUUCUCAAACCCCUAGCUUCAUAAAAACCUCAGCUACAGUUUCCAGCCCUUCUAAUAUGAAAAUCUUUAGAACAUGAUACAAUGCACAAUAAAUGCUAGAAAAACAGAGAAAAAUUAUUUUUCUAAUCUGAUGAUUUUACAAUAAUCACAGGCAGGAAAGGGCCAUUUCAUUAUUUUUAACCUCUAGAUAAGGCCUCGCUAGAGAAGAAUAUUGUGAAUCUGUGGAAAUACUUCCUUAAAUGCUAGGAAAAAAAAUUACCAUGAGUUUAGCAGUAGAUAUAUAGAACUCAUUUAGGUAUGAAAGGUAAUUAUCUGGCACAUACCCUGAUUAAAAAUCAGUUACUGUCUGUUACUGUCUCCUUUCUGAGUAUGAUCUUCAUGGCAAUUCAUCUAUGUCUGUUACAUUCAGAGUAAGAUGAGGUGACUGUUAACACCUCAUCUAUAACAUCUGUAACACCCUAUAACACCCUUUCCACAGCAAGUUGAAACUAAUGUAAUUUGAGUAAUGCUUUGUCAUUUCAAGUUCUAUUAAUUUCUAUUCUAAAAGGCGAAAGUGGCAGAAUACAGUGAAAAAGAAGGCCCUUCUAAAAAAUAAGGCUUUUUAAAGAUUUUCUGUGAUUUAAAUAGCACAGUGAAAUUACUUUCAAGAAAUCCAGAAAAUAUUUAUUUCUCUAAUUUUUAUGGUAAAUAAUUUAACCUAAUUUCCACCAUUAUCUGUAUUUAGUAAAUAGCUUCAUAUAAAUAUAUGUGUCUGUUAAGUAUUAUGUACUGAAGGAUUAAAAAAGAAAGUACUAUGUACACACCAUAAAGAAAGCUGCAUGCUUAAAGCUACUGUACAGACGGACAGAAAUAGAGAUACAUCCUGACAUAUUCUUAGGGACAUGGAUUAUUGUACUUUUUUUCCCAAUUCCUGUCACAAUGGAUCCAUUUUGUAACCCUGCUCUUGGCUGCUGGGCAUGCCCUCCUCCAGCACCCAGCAGGAGUAAAAGGAAGAAAGAAAUAAGAAAAAUGGGAUCCAUUGAACAACCCAACCCCCUAGCCCAGCAGGCGAAAUAUCUAACCCUACCAUGUUUACUCAUUUUUACUUUGUUGUUUUAGUUCAUACAUAUGUUUUCCUUGUUGUUAUGCUUUGUUUCCAUUAUAACAAAAUUAGUCUAUAUCUUCACUUUCAAGUUAAUUGAAAGAUGUUGGCACAUACAGAAAUUGCAAGUAACAUUAAAAUGUUAAGCACUCCAAAGUGGGAAAUGUCAGAAUUAGGAUUUUCUAUGCAUCAUCCCCCUCUUGGUCAUACGUAUUAGUUACACAAUCACAGCUCAUAAUAUUUUUAUUUCAGACGUCCCCUGCCUUACCCAAUGCACAAAGCACAUGGUCCUUAAGAAUUAAGUUGGGGAUUUAUGAUGUACAAUAUCUUGUCUAUUGAAUUGAUUGUCUUAACAUAUAGUACAGUGUGUGCAAUUAUUCCUGUGGUAACGGCAUUUAGACACACUAUCAGAGGUUGGAAGUAAAGGUAGGAUAUGUGGUAGACGUUAAUGUAGCAAAAGAGAAUCCUGGCCUCAGAAACUUUCCAAGCUAGACAGACAGAAGGGUCAUGGGUUAGGAAAGCAACAGAAAUCUAUUUGUCCACUGAACUGGCCACAUGAGGAAUUAAUGUAGCUCUGUCAAUAAAUGCUGUAGCUCAAAAGUCGAUUUCUGGACAAACUGUGGCUAUGCUGGAGAGUUUUUGUGCCAGCUACCUUUGCCCUGGAGUUCUGGAUUAUUCUUUGCAGGAAGAAAGCAAGAAGAGCAGUUCAAACUGGUGAUAAUGCCCCGGAGUUAGGUCUAUGAUGGAUGCCACACGUUGUCACAAUAUAGAACGGGCCCCCAAAAUUAAGAAGACACAACAGAUCUGAAUCUCACUGCUUCUCUACCAGUGAGGCACACAGAAUAUUGCUGUGGCACACUCAGAGCUUAAUUACUUAUUUAUACAGCAUGAACAAAAAUUUCAGCUAUAUCCUAGGCCUCUCCUUUGACAAGGGAAGUGGCAACAUUUUUUAAACUAGGGGUUUUUAGACAGAGCGCUGCCUGAUUGCCAGAGAUGCCUGUGAUUGUAACAUUAGGUUUUACAGCUUUUGGCAUAGAGCAGUCCUUUCUCUAAUGGACUCUUAGAAAAAUCUAGUUGUUCCCUUUGAUGGAUUUUCAUUUGUACAUUCACAUACACACAGAUACAAAUCAACCAUGGGAUGAACUAGUACCUGGAAAUAUAGACAAGGCUACCCCUGUACAGAGUAUAUAGUUCGUUAAAGGAAGGAACUUCACAAAACUCUGUUAUUACUACAACUGAAUGACCCAGAAAAAGGACUGCACUAAACUUUGCAUAUGUGAGUGGCGGGCUUCACUCCUGACACUCACAUGUGACACCAGCAGAGUGCACCCAGCCAGGGCAGACCAUCUUUAGACUCUUCCCCCCACAUGUAUUCAUAUGUAGCAACAAGUGACAUUUUGAAAGCAAUACAAAACCACAGCCUUCCCGGAUUUCCUGCUGUGCCCUUGCAGCUACCUCCAUGAAGCAGAAUGGCUGGGGUAGCAACUCAUUUCAGUCUUAAAGACAAGAAUCUGUUAUUGUACAUCUUUGGCAUGUCAUACUGGAGCUCCAAAUGUUGACAACUCUCAUGGGUGCAGCCCGUAGCUGCAUCCCGCAUAUUCUGGUCCUCUUUCAAACUCUUAAUACAAUAGGGUCUCGAAUACAUUAUGAGCAGAAGAAAACAACCCCCCACGUUCUAUUUUGGUAUGUUGAGCCUAAAGUCUAUUGGCUGGGAGCUGUCAUCAGACAUGACCAUAUGUUACUCAAUGGUAUUACAAGUAAAUCCUAAUUGAGUGCAAAUUAUGAAGAUUAAAGUCACCUCAGAUUUAGCUGUAUUAUGUUGAGGCAAAUGUAUUUCAAAGUCCUGUUUAAAAUGCUGGCAAUUCUCAGCGCAGAAAUUAACAGGCUGUCAUUACCUUGGAUUUUAUGAGCUGUUCUAAAUGUCUGGAGUUCCUUGUUUGGAGCCCUUAGUCAUAGAAUGUAAGAAUAGUCCUUUGCAGCUCAGACUAAAAAAUGCCGAAGACAAUGUAUCGUCAACAACUUUUGAAAAAAUAUUAAAUAUUGAUACAACUAAGUCACUGAAGAUCCUCCUGGUAUAAGCUUUUCAUAAAUAAUGGUAAAAGACUGAAUGAAUGCUGUUCUAGUGGUGGUUAAAAUCAGUUUUGCAUUUAAGCAAUCCACUGUCAGGAUAAACCAGGACCAGUUUAUAACAUGAAAUGCAUUACCUUUUGAAAACAAUUAGCUGCCAGAAAGAUCUUCCUUGAUGACUGAAGUUUAUUACUGUUUCAUAAGAGGGCUGUGAAGUAGUAAGGAGCUGAACUUCAUCUAUUGGUGCACUUCAGAUGAUGCACUCCAUUUUAAUGAGAUUAAAGGUUUAAUGCAGAUAAAAGAUUUUUUUCAGUUCAGUGCACCUGGAUUCAACACAGGGAUUGCAGUGUGGUUCACAGAGAGUCAUCAGAGAGCUACGUUCAUCUUGAUCAAUAAGAGCUGCUGACUUCUUUCCUUCUUUUCUAUUCUGCACAAAGACAAAAUGAUUGGGACACAUUUCUUCGUGUUUUCAGCAGUGGUCAUGUGCAGCAUAGCUGCUGAGGAAAUCUUUCAGCCAACUCUAGUGCUGGACAUGGCUAAAGUCCUGCUGGAUAACUACUGUUAUCCUGAAAACCUAGUGGGAAUGCAAGAUGCCAUUGAACAAGCAAUCAAGAGCGGGGAGAUCCUGGACAUCUCAGAUCCAAAAAUGCUGGCCAGUGUCUUGACGGCUGGAGUGCAGGGUGCUCUGAAUGACCCAAGACUGGUGAUUUCCUAUGAGCCAUCACUGCAUGCAGCUCCCAAACAAGAAGCUGAGGCUUCCCCACCUCGUGAACAACUCCUGAGUCUUAUUGAGCAUGUGGUCAUGUAUGACAAGCUGGAGGGCAAUGUUGGUUACCUGAGGAUUGAUUAUAUCAUAGGACAGGAAGUUGUGCAGAAAGUUGGAGCUUUCCUGGUGGACAAGGUGUGGAAGACUCUGAUAGAGACAUCUGCCCUGGUAAUAGAUCUUCGUCACAGCACUGGGGGACAGAUUUCUGGCCUCCCCUUCAUCAUCUCAUACUUGCAUGAAGCGGACAAGAUGCUGCAUGUUGAGACUGUAUACAAUCGGCCCUCCAACACCACCACAGAGAUAUGGACACUGCCAAAGGUGUUGGGAGAGAGAUACAGCAAAGACAAGGAUGUCAUUGUUUUGAUCAGCCGCCACACCACAGGAGUAGCUGAAGAUGUGGCUUACAUCCUCAAGCACAUGAACAGGGCUAUCACUGUCGGGGAGAAGACAGCUGGGGGCUCACUGGAUGUCCAGAAGCUGCGUAUUGGCCCCUCCAAUUUCUAUAUGAUGGUUCCUGUGUCACGAUCUGUGAGCCCCUUGAGCAGGGGUGGGCAGAGCUGGGAGGUGAGUGGUGUGAUGCCCUGUGUGGCCACUAAGGCAGAGCAAGCCUUGCAGAAAUCCUUGGACAUCCUGGCAGUGCGCAGAGCAGUACCUGGCACCCUAAGCCACCUCACAAACAUAUUAAAGGACUAUUACAGCUUAGUGGAGCGGGUGCCAGCACUGCUGCGGCACCUCGGCACCUCUGACUUCUCUUCUGUGCAGUCAGCAGAAGAUUUGGCCACCAAGCUCAACACUGAGAUGCAGACCUUAUCUGAAGACCCCCGCCUCUUGGUCCAAGUCAUGAUGCCAGGUGAAGCUGCCACCCCCCCUGCUGAGAAGCCAAUUGCAGUGGCAGCCAACUUACCUGACAAUGAGCAACUGCUGCAUGCCUUGGUGGAUACUGUCUUCAAGGUGUCAGUGUUGCCAGGCAAUGUUGGCUACAUGCGUUUUGAUGAAUUUGCUGAUGCCUCUGUUCUUGCUAAGCUGGGACCUUACAUUGUCCACAAAGUGUGGGAGCCCCUCCAAAAUACAGAGAACUUGAUCAUGGACCUACGUUACAACCCUGGGGGCCCUUCCUCCUCUGCUGUGCCUCUGCUACUCUCCUAUUUCCAAGACCCUGCUGCUGGCCCUGUCCAUCUCUUCACGACCUAUGACAGGCGCACCAACCACACACAGGAGCACAACAGCCAGGCAGAACUGCUGGGACAGCCCUAUGGGGCUCAGCGUGGCAUCUACCUGCUCACCAGCCACCACACUGCUACAGCUGCUGAGGAGUUUGCUUACCUCAUGCAGUCCCUGGGCCGUGCCACACUGAUUGGUGAGAUCACAGCAGGAAGCCUCUCACACACCCGCACCUUCCCUCUGCUGCAGCCUGAGCAGGGAAUAACCCAUGGCCUAACUAUCACAGUUCCUGUUAUCACCUUUACUGAUAACCAUGGGGAAAGCUGGAUGGGCGGAGGAGUUGUGCCUGAUGCCAUAGUGUUGGCUGAGGAUGCACUGGAGAAGGCUGAAGAGGUGCUAGCUUUCCACAAAAAUAUGGGAGUACUUUUGGAGGGUACUGGGCAACUCCUAGAGGCUCACUAUGCCAUCCCAGAAGUGGCUGGUAAGGUCAGUACUAUGCUCAGCACCAAACAGGCCCAAGGAGGUUAUCGGUCAGCUGUAGACUUUGAGACAUUGGCUUCCCAGCUUACCAGUGACUUGCAGGAGGCCUCAGGGGACCAUCGGCUUCAUGUCUUCCACAGCCAUGUGGAACCAACACCAGAAGAACAUUUUCCCAACAUCAUUCCCAGCCCUGAGGAACUGAGCUACAUAAUUGAGGCACUUUUCAAAAUUGAGAUAUUGCCAGGCAACCUGGGCUACCUUCGCUUUGAUAUGAUGGCUGAGGCAGAAACAGUGAAGACCAUUGGGCCCCAGCUGGUGCAGAUGGUUUGGAACAAGCUGGUGGACACAGAUGCCAUGAUUAUUGACAUGAGGUACAACACAGGUGGCUACUCCACUGCCAUCCCGAUCCUUUGUUCCUAUUUCUUUGAGCCUGAGCCUCGGCAACACCUCUACACUGUCUUCGACCGUAGUACCUCCCGCAGCACAGAGGUGUGGACUCUCCCCCAAGUCACCGGCAAGAGAUACGGCUCCCUCAAGGACAUCUACAUCCUAACAAGUCAUAUGAGUGGCUCAGCAGCAGAAGCUUUCACUCGUUCUAUGAAAGAUCUACACCGGGCCACAGUUAUUGGUGAGCCCACAGUAGGUGGUUCCCUCUCAGUGGGCAUUUAUCGUGUUGGUAACAGUUCCCUGUAUGCCUCCAUCCCCAGCCAAGUGGUGCUCAGCCCAGUCACUGGCAAAGUAUGGAGCGUGUCUGGGGUGGAGCCACACAUCACCAUCCAGGCCAGUGAAGCCAUGGCUGUGGCUCAGCGCAUUGCCAACCUGCGUGCCCAGGUGCCACAGACACUGCAAACUGUAGGCAAGCUUGUGGCAGAUAAUUAUGCCUUUAUGGACAUUGGGUCUGUUAUAGCAUCCGACCUCACCAAGAACAUCAACAAAGACAGUUAUAAAAGGAUUAAUACAGAAGAGGAGCUGGCCAGGAAGGUGACUGCCAACUUACAGGCUUUUUCUGAUGAUGAGCACCUGAAAUUACUCUACGUCCCUGAACACGCCAAGGACAGCAUCCCAGGGAUCAUGCCAAAACAGAUGCCUUCCCCAGAAGUAUUUGAAGAUCUGAUUAAAUUUUCAUUCCACACAAAUGUAUUUGAAAACAACAUCGGCUAUCUGAGAUUCGAUAUGUUUGGAGACUGUGAACUUCUAACCCAGGUGUCCGACCUACUGGUAGAGCUUGUUUGGAAGAAAAUUGUUCACACAGAUGCAUUAAUCAUAGACAUGAGGUACAAUAUUGGAGGCUCCACCACUUCCAUAGCAAUCCUAUGCUCAUACUUCUUUGAUGAAGGACACCAAAUUCUCUUGGACAAAGUUUAUGACAGACCCAGUGACUCAGUAAAGGAAAUAUGGACCCAGCCACAGCUCAAAGGCGAGAGGUAUGGCUCUCAGAAGGGGCUAAUAAUCCUCACCAGUGCUGUGACGGCUGGGGCUGCCGAAGAGUUUGUAUACAUAAUGAAGAGACUGGGCAGAGCUCUCAUCAUUGGGGAACAGACCAGUGGUGGCUGCCAUUCCCCACAGACACAUCAAGUAGACAAUACCAGCUUCUACAUCAUCAUCCCCACCUCCAGAUCAGUCAUCUCUGCAGAGGGCACUUCUUGGGAAGGGAAGGGGGUGCCUCCUCACAUGGAAACACCAGCUGAUACAGCACUCAUGAAAGCAAAAGAGAUGCUCAGUGCUCACCUGCACAGUUCUAGAUAGCUCAGUGGGAGAACAUGGCCCUGGAAAAAAGGUAGGCUGUAACUUUCAGAGGAGCCCAAGGGACUUAAACUCUCAGGAGCUGAACCAAUAAUGGGUUUGGGAACUCAGAGCAGGAUAUAGCCAUAAUUUAAGUAACUAAUCUAAAAUUGGGACCCCAAAAAUCUCACUGAGUGUAUAUGUGUGCAUAUGUACAUGUGAGGGUAUGGGCAUGCUACAGGUGUUCCUCCUUUUGUUAUCCGUCUGGCUCAGUAAACCAUGGGCUGUUUGCUGCACAAGAGCCCAGUUCCAACAGAAGUUGCAAGGCCCUUUUGCUACCCAGAAUAAUUCACAAGCAUCAGCAAUGGUGCUGUUCUGGGCAGCAGAAGUGGAUUUGAGUUCCUAUCAGCUGAGGGAGGCUUCACAAUGGAGUCUCACCUUUUAUGUGAGAUUUCUAGUAACCAGGUUCUUAGGGAAAGCAAGCUACCUCCCCAGAUGUAAACCCUAGAAAGAAGUGGGAACUUCAUUUCAAUCUCUACGGUCAGUGGUCGGUUCCCUGUACAUAGCUCAGCGUGACUCCCAUUUGCAACGUGCUGACGUUUUUAGCCCAUUGUAUGGAAGCCAGCUCUUUCUGGGAUUGGCGUAGAUGAUUGGAUAAUUCACUGGGGCUUCUGGAUUCCUCUCCUAUGGUCAAAUGUAAAUGUUAGUUGUUGCAGCAUCUGUUCUUUAAGAUUUAGCUCCAAAUCACAGAGAUUUCCUUCGGUCCCUUAGAAAAUCCCAGCUGUCAAUAUCGAAGGCAUGUGAACCAACUCAGAGCAUUUCUGCAAAGAUGGAAAAGGCACCUCUGCUCCAUUGGAAACUGUGUAGGUUCCUAUUCAUAUGUCUUAAAGGAGAAUUAACAGUAGUUGGGAGAUUCUGUUUUCCAAACUGCAAGAGCUAAAUUAAGUCUCUUCUCCAUGUCAUCAUUUAGAUGUACCAAAAAUAACCAUUCCCAGCCUGUCAGGGUUGCAGAGACUCCUGGUAUUUCUUAGGUGCAUGCCUGCUUCUCCCCUAGUAUCUGGCAGAGGGAUGGGGAGUGAGCAGGAGAAAGGCAGUACGUUGACUCUUUCACCCACUGCUCAGAUCAAGAGUCAGGGAAAAGAAUCAUAUGUUUUUAACUUAAGGCUAAAAACAGAUUGCUGUGUGUCCUGGCCAAAAGACACACCUUACCAACCAGCUACUUACUAAGUAAUAGUGUAUUCCAGGGCAACUAACAGAGUUACUGACGUGAGCUUAAUCAAUGAACAACAUUCCUUGUCUUUCUUACAAUUCUUAUCUAACCAUCUGUCUUUGUAAUGAUUUAGAAACGCAUAUACCUCUAAUCUAGAUCUCAGAAUUUCUCAUCUCUACAAAAUGCCACCUGUGAAGCAACUUAGGAAAAUGGUCCCCCUGAAUUUAGCCAGUCUGUAUUUGUUACACAUUGCUGUUUGCUCACUUAUUUGUAAGUUACUGCUGGUUUUUUAUAAAUCGUGUUUGAACAUCUGACCGCAGAGAAUCUCUUUCAGUAUUUACAGGAAAAUAAUUUUAACAAGGAAAUAAACUUUCCAUCUUUUUUACUGCUUGUUUGUCUUACCAACUACACUCAGUGUGAUCACUAACCUGGACUCUUUUGAGUGAUUUUCAUAUUCUGAUUUUUAUGCACUAGCUAGUUGUUGAACUUCUCAAUGUUGUGGAAAAUAUUUAAAUGAAUUAAAACUCACACAGAAUUUUGUGUAAAGUGAUAUAUAUAUGAAGAAUAUUAAAGAUGCUUAAUAUGGAAAAGAGUGGAGUAGUCAGUGAAUGAGUAAACACACUAAUGUAU